GGCAAAUUUAUUUUCAUGUGCAAAAUCUAUGAAAUAUGGCAACUAAAAAAUUAAUCAACUCUGUAAACAAUACAGUUCAUGAAGCCUUAACAGGUCUUUGUUUCACUUAUCCGCAAUUGGAGUACAAUUCAUCUAAAAGAGUAGUUUUGAUACCAAACUGUAAUGACCGUGAUGACAAAGUAUCCAUAAUAUGUGGUGGAGGAAGUGGACACGAGCCUUUUGCUGCUGGUUUUGUGGGUAGAGGAAUGUUGACAGCUUCAAUAGCAGGUUCUGUUUUUGCUGCGCCACCAGCUAACCACAUAUACUAUGCUCUAGAACGUGUUUCCAACAAAGCGGGUACCUUGGUCAUCAUUCCCAAUUAUACUGGAGACUGUUUGAAUUUUGGUAUUGCUAUUGAAAAAGCUCGUCAACAAGGGCAUAAGAUGACAGAAAUAAUCGUUGGAGAUGACUGCAGCAUUGUAACUGAUGAACAAAGUCGAGUAGGAAAACGAGGUCUCGUUGGGAUGUUAUUUGUAAUGAAAAUAGCAGGAACAAUUGCUGAACGUGGGAAAGCUCUCGAUGAAGUGGCCUAUCAUGCUCGAAUGGUGACUGAUAACCUAGCUACUUACGGAGUUGGUCUAACACCAUGUUCCUUACCUGGUCAAGGUCUAAUGUUUCAAUUACCUGAAGAUGAGGUUGAAAUUGGACUUGGAGUUCAUGGAGAAGCAGGAUAUAGUAGAAUAAAAACGCGAAGUGCUUCGGAAAUAGUUUCUAUUAUGUUAGACAGUAUAACGAGAUCGUUGUUACUAACCAGUGGUAAUUUUGUGGCAGUAUUGAUCAAUAAUUUUGGUGCUACCAGUCAACUGGAGCAAGGAAUUGUCAUUUAUGAAGUUGUAACACAACUCAGGAAAAGAGGUAUAGAGCCACUUAGAGUCUAUUCUGGCGCACUGAUGACAUCAUUGGAUAGCGCAGGAGUUCAUAUAUCUGUUCUUAAAUUACCAGAAGAGCACAAAAAUCAUUAUAUUGAUUGUCUAGACGAGAAAACUGAUGCACCUUGUUGGCCAGGGUGUGCGUAUAGUAUUCCACUAUCAACAAAACUUCAACACACUACUAAUGAGCAACAAACAAGUCAAGUAAAAUUAUUGUCUUCUGCUAAAAUAACUCCUCGAGGUCCAAAACUCAACGAAAAACAAACAGAAAUUUUAAAAGAAUGUAUAAAAAAUGCAUGUAGAGCAAUUAUUAAAAAUGAAAAAAUAUUAAAUAACCUGGAUCGUGGUUGUGGUGAUGGAGACUGUGGUUCAACCCAUAAAACUCUAGCAAACGAAAUACUUUUGACUUUGGAAAGGCUAAGUUUUUCUUAUCCUGGAAGUUUACUUGGUGAACUAUCAGAAAUUGCUGAAGAAUGCAUGGGUGGCACUUCAGGAGCAAUAUAUAGUCUUUUGUUUACAAGUGCUUCAUCAGUAUUUGCAGCAGAAGACGUGAAUCAAAAGAAAGACGAAAAUUGGGCACAAUUGUGGUUACAAGCAUGGUCUUCUGGAUUGGAAAAUGUUAUAAAAUACAGUAAAACACAACCUGGAGAUAGAACAAUGAUUGAUGCUCUGGAGCCAGCUUGUUUAGCAUUUAAAAAUAAUCUGAAGAAUGGUAAGUUUGAUAAUCUAGCAGUAAAAAAAGCUGCAGAAGCAGCUCAAAAAGGGUGUAAUAUGACGAAAACAAUGAUGCCACGAGCCGGCAGGGCUGCAUAUGUUAAACAAUUACAAUUCUUUAAAGAUGUUGAUGCAGGUGCAUUUGGCGUAGUUAUUUGGAUUAACGCUAUUACUGAAACUCUAUUAAGAGUUUAAUAUUUUGAAGAAUUAUCAAACAAUAUAUAUA